AUGAGUGAUCAAUGGGCAGAGGCAACAUCAGCGGAUGGUAAGAAGUUCUACUAUCAUAAAGUGACUAGAGUAUCUGUUUGGGAGAAACCCGAUGAACUAAAGACACCUCAAGAGUUGGCUGCUGGUUCAUCUUCAUCAUCAUCAUCGUCGUCGUCGUCGUCAAACGGUGCUGUAUCAUCAUCAUCGGGAGCAGCAUCUAGCGUACCUGUAUCACUACCACCAAAUUGGAAGGAAUAUGUUGCAGAGAAUGGCAAAAAGUACUAUCAUAAUGCAAUCACCAAUGAAACGAAAUGGGACUUGCCAACGGCUGACAACUUACAUAAUAACAAUAACAACAAUAACAAUAACAAUCAUAACAAUCAUCAUCAUCAUCAUCAACAUCAUAAUAACAAUAAUAAUAAUAAUAAUAGUAAUGGAGAUGAAGCACCAUCAACAACAACACCUACACCUACACCAACAACAUACGAACCAAAUAGUAAAGAAGCAUCAAUUAAAAUGUUUAAAGAGUUGUUACAGAGUCAUGAUGUUGCAAGUAGUUGGUCAUUUGAAAGAGCACAAAGAGUGAUUAUCAACGACGAACGAUACCAAGUACUCAAGACAAUGAGCGAGCGAAAAUCUGCCUAUCAAGAGUAUAUGGUCGAUCGAAAGAAAUACGAAUACGAAGAAAAGAAGAAACAAGACAAGAAAAAUAGAGAAGCUCUCAUCAAACUAUUAAAAGAGUCUGGUGAAGUUACCUCUUCAAUGACUUGGAGACGAGCAAGUUUAUAUUUUGAUGGUGAUCCUAAAUGGAUGGCAGUUGAAAGUGAAAGAGAAAGAGAGGAUUUGUUUAGAAUGGUUGUUAUCGAUUUGGAGAAAAAGGAAAAGGAAGACAAGGAUUUGGCCAAACGAGACUUGAUGAAACAGAUCAAAGCAAAGUUUGAAGUAAAUCUAACGAUUACAUCUAGAACACAGUGGCGAAAGGUCAAAGAAGAAUAUGAAAAUGAUGCUUUGAUCUCUACUUGCGACAAAUAUGAAGUACUCCAAGUAUACGAAUCUUACAUUAGAGAAUUGGAAAAGAAGGAAGAUGAAGCUCAAAGAUCUGAAAAAGAAGCUGCUAAAAAAGAAGCAAGGAUUCAUAGAGAUAGUUAUAGAGAAUUUUUAAAUGAAAAAUAUAAUGAAGGAGAAAUACAUGCAUAUACAAGAUGGAAAGAGUUUUAUAAAAAGUAUCAAUCACAUCCAAUUGUUGUUCAAUUGGCUGGACAAGUAGUUGGAUCAACACCAUUGGAAUUGUUUACAGAUUUUAUUGAAGAGUUGGAAUCUAGAUAUGAAAAGGAUUUCAAACGUCUAAAGACAAUGACUCAAGAUGUAAAUUUCCUAUUCUCUCCACAACAAACUACUUUAGAUGAUUUUAAACAAUCCAUAUCAACUCAUGACAAGUUUAAUUCCAUUUCAGCUUUAAAUAUUGUUCCAUUUUUUGAAUAUCUAAAAGAAAGAGAAGAAAAGAAACAAAAAGAUUCAAUUAAAAAGAGACAAAAAGCGAUACUCAACUUUAAAGCAUUAUUGGAAGAUACAAGAACCAUUAGUAAACAUUCGAAAUGGGAGGAAAUCAAACCAACCAUUUGCAAGAUUCCACAUUACACUGAUUUAGACGACGAAGAGGAGAAAGCUAAAAUCUUCCAAGAGUAUUUGGACUUUUUAUCACAAGAAGAGUCUGAUGAAGAAGGUAUCAUCAAAGGUGACGAUGAUAUCAAUGCCAGAAAAGAAUUCUCUUCUAAAAAGAGAUACUCUAGAGAAGGAUCUGAUAACAUUACAGAUGAUAGAAAGAGAAAAGAAUCAAAACAUUAA